CACUUUUAUUUUGAAGGCGCUGAACCGGUAGUAAACUAGAUGUCAAACCCGGCGCGGAAACAGUUACACGUUUACGAAACUAUUUCCCGAAAUAACGGCACGAUUUCAUUGUUGCUCCAGGCCAACAUGAAUUCCACAUCGCACUAUUGUACGUCUUGUUACGAUACCAUGGUUUAACUGUGCGCGUGCUAAUCCCACACGACGGCGACUCCUCGCGGCUGCUGAGCCGAUGAGCCUCUAGCGCGACCGGCGGGCUGAAGCUGUGUGUUGUUAGCCAUUGUCUGUAGCAAGCUAAGAUAACACACAGUCGCCGUCCGCGAUCCUGCUCUGCGAAACAAACACCCGUGGGGGGUUGCAGUCAUGCCCAGUCUAAAGCUGAUAUCUGCGACUGACACACAGUACCCAUCGGCCGUGCUCAACGCGAUGAACGUGCAGCGAAAUCACGGGUUAUUUUGUGAUGUCACCAUCAUCAUUCAGGACAGGAAAUUCAGAGCUCACAAAACAAUCCUGUCCGCUUCAAGCACAUAUUUCCACCAGCUUUUCAGUGUAGCCGGACAAGUGAUCGAGUUAAACUUCAUCAAAGCGGAGAUUUUUGAGCAGAUUCUGAAUUACAUUUACAGCUCUAAGAUUUACCGCGUCCGCUCCGACAUGCUCGAGGAGCUCAUCAAUGCUGGACAGAUACUGGGAGUCAAGUUUAUUGCAAAUUUAGGGUCCCCAUUAUCACAUGUGAAGGGUCUGCCCGGUUUGUCGAAGGAGACGGAGAGCAAAAGCGACACGGCCGCAGAGGCGAUGCCCAUCAUCGCGGAGUCCUUCUCGAUAUCUGCAGAGGAAUUCAAUCAGACAAGCACGGCAACCAGCGACUCCGACUCGGAGGGCGACGUUCUGUUCGUCUCACAGACGGAUGCGAAAACUACUGCAGCCAAGCAGGCGGCCAAAUCCGGUGAGGUCAUUGAUUUGGAGGCGGCUGAUUUGGGAAUGGCGGCACCAACGCAAAGCGAAGAAUCAAAUCAUACCGCUGCAAGACCGAAAGAGGCCGCCAGGACCCCCUUGAAAACGAGUCCCGCGAAGCCUCCCAGCCUAAGCUGCCCAGUCCCUGGUGUCCCCGACCGCAGCCCCCAGCUCAGUCCAGACAGCGGCUCCAAGAAGCCAGCAUCCCCCGCCAGAGUUCCCUCAGGAAGUGCUCCAACGACGCCGGCUAGGCCAAGCAAUGUCACCCCGGAGCCGUCGAGUGCCUCUCAGUCCUCGGAGAGCAGCAGCACAACGGGAGUCCACCAGAAGCAAGUCGUCGCUUCGUCUCAGCAAGGGGACUGCAAGAUAAAGCUCCUCGAUAAAGCGACUCUAACCAACAGCCCCAAGUUGACCAUCGCGGCAAAAAAGACCGUCACCCUCAAUACGACCACCGAGAUCGAUUCGAUUUCAUCGGGCUGCAAGGUGUACGCAAACAUUGGCGAGAACACGUACGACAUCGUCCCGCUGAAGGAGGACCCGGGCGAAGGGGGCUCCAAGGCCAACAAAGGGAAGAGGCAUUUGAUGGCCACGCCCUUGAAACCCCUGGAUAAAGCCCUCACCUUGCCGACGGGCGGCUCCAACAAGAAGAAGCCCAAAACGGAGCUGGAGGACCACUACGAGCUGGUCAUGGACGGGAAGACCUUCUACGUGUGCGUCGUGUGCAAGCGCCCCUACGUGUGCCUGACCAGUCUCCGCCGGCACUUCAACACCCACUCGUGGGAGAAGCAGUACCCGUGCCACUACUGCGACAAGGUCUUCGCGCUGGCCGAGUACAGAACUAAGCACGAAAUCCACCACACGGGGGAGAGGCGGUACCAGUGCUUGGUGUGCAACGAGACGUUCCUCAACUACCAGAUACUGGCGACCCACUGCAAGCAAGCCCACAACCAGGACCCCAGCGGGAGGAAGGAGAAGGACGAGAAGGACAACAACCUGUACCGGCUGCUGCCGUGCAAGACGGUGGAGAUGAAGCCGUACUCGUGGAGCGCCGACGGGCCGGGGGUCCCCGUCAUAUCGGAGGACGGCAGCGUCCACCACAUCACCGCCGCCGGCGGGGAGAUCCGCGCCUCCACCCAGAGCCGGAUGUUGAACUGGGACGACAUCUUCGUCGAGCCGGACGCUCACAUGGCGCCCGAUUCCCGCGGCCGCCCGGGGUCGGCCGGCAACAACCCUCGACCGGGAGCCACGGAGUUUGACUUUAUUAUACCGGAGUCCUACUGAGCAGCGCUGGAUGCUCCAGUACCUGUGCCUUUUUCGGUUCCCCCCCGCCUCACCUUCACGUUCCAUGUCAACAAUAUUCUCCUGUAAUUCUUGACCUGUCGUCUUCAAAUGGUCUUAUUAACAUUUCCUUUUAUAAAUUUCUUCUUCAGGUGUAAUGUUUUACUAAACUUGGUGAUGGUCAGCGGUUGAAAUAAUGUCCGAGUGUACCGGAGAAUGUUGGAGAUCGCUUGAAAUUUCUCAGUCUUUUAGUGUAACCCUACACUUAGAGGGACACUAGUCUGCUGGUGUCACUCCGCUGGUGCUCUUUUGUAUCAUGAAGAAAUGAUAAGUCACCUUAGAAGAAGUGGCCAUGCGGUAAAAUGGCAACGAAAACAAGUUCAUGUGGAUGAUAAAAGUUUCAUUCAAGACUUACAAGCUGUAAUAAAACAUCAAGCAUGUUUUCAUUAUUUUUCACUGUGUUAGGCAAGUAAUAUCUUUACUUUAAUCCUCUGAUACAGUGAAGCAAAAACAUGAAGCAGAUGAUUUGAACUUGGCAACCACGUCCACAGCAUACAUUUUAAUACAUUUUCUGGUUUCAACAGAUUUUUAAAAAAAAAUACAGGAUAUAAAUGAUGUGAGUUUAUGAAACAUGGGUUGGUUUUAUUUUUAAUCUAUCCUUACUGGAUGCACCAAUCAUCAGAUUGGAAUUAAAUUAAACAGAAUUUCAGACUAUUAAACCUAUUGUGUGGGAGAAGGGUAAUUAUGAUGGAAUAUAAAAUAUUUCUAUUGUGUGAUUGCACAUCUGGCCAUUGUGGAAGAAGAUCUACAAUAAUUUUAUUUUUCAGUGUUUUGAAAAAAUGUUUUUAUUCACUUGUACUUUUUUUUUUAUUUCUGUUGCUUAUGAGUGUUCAUAUGUUUUUAAUAUAUAUUUUAAACCUACAUGAAGCAGGCGAGAGACAAGUGCAUCCAUGUGACCCUGGGAUUGACAUCGAUGGACCAUUGUUUUAGUCUGUAAAUAAAGCACUUGAUGUUGAAUUAGGAAGAAGAAUUUUCUGUAUUUUUACCUUUUAUACUCUUGUUUUUACAUUGUAUCAAACUGUAGUGAUUGGUCUGUAUGAGUAAAAAAAGCAGUGCUAAUAUGGGAAUCUUUACUACUUUGUGUUGAUCAAUAAAAUCAUGUGAGAUUUGUUUGUUAUUUUAACAGAUUAACAUGUUAAAUGAAUGAAACGUUGUUUUAACCCACUUUUUUCUGUCUCAGAUGUAUUUAUUAGGGUUAUAGCCGUAUACAUGAACAUGAACGUUUUAUUAAAUACUGUUUUGUUUAAGUAAAUGUUCGCUCUCUGUCAAUUAGCAACACGGUUCCUUGAUGGUAAAUAAAUUAUUCUUUUACUAUUUUUAUUCGAUUGUCUGGCCCCAACAGCAUUUAAAUAUUGUCUUUUCAUUCAUAACAAAUUUGGAAAUCAAGAUGAUCGAUGAGGUGAUGAAGGGUCGCCAAAGGGCAACAUUUCUUCAUUCCAAAAACAUCGAGGGUGACCUCAACAGGAAAAACUGCUCAACCUGCAGCUGUUAAAGGUGUCAGUGUGGAUUGAGGCGACCGAG